AUGUCAAGCUUUGGAAUUGGAACUUAUGCUGAUUUCGAAGAAGUCCAAAGGGGAGAGGAAAUUACUCUGGCGCUGAUGAAAGCGAUUGAAGAAUCAAUUAUUUCAGCAAUCGUUUUCUCUGACGAAUAUGCCUUUUUCAUCAUGGCGUUUGGAAGAAGUCCCCAAGAUACUGGAAUGCAGGCAUACCAGGGGACAGUUUGUGGUCAUUUGGACGCGGGACAGGCGUAUCGGAGGAAACGGUCCUUUGGGCAAAGCAUGGAGAAUCACGAGGGACCGACCCAGCUUCAAGAAGGCAGUGAAAAACAGAGCUUUCAUGUUGUGGCUGGUAAGGAGGAUGAGAGAAGGAGAGCUAUUUACAAGCUCUAA